CAAUCAUCCUCUUGCUGUGAGUGAAUUUCAUGCACGGGUGAGCGAGCGGCCCCCGCUCUCCUCCCCCAGUCCUCCGCCUCCUCCCGCGCUUUCCCUCCCUCCGCACCAGUCUCCUCUCGCCACCUGCCAGUGACAACGAAUAUAAAAAGCGCAAGAAAACCAGCUCCGUCAUGUCGUCAGUGCUCCAAAAACUCAUCAACCCUCUGCCGGGAAGCUCUAAAGAGCCCCCCAGGAACAAAGUGACAGUUGUCGGAGUGGGCCAAGUUGGCAUGGCUUGCGCCAUCAGCAUCCUAUUGCGGGAUCUGUGUGAUGAGCUAGCUCUGGUGGAUGUGAUGGAAGAUCGCCUGAAGGGAGAGGUGAUGGACCUUCAGCACGGCAGCCUUUUCCUCAAGACGUCCAAAAUUGUCGCGGACAAAGACUACGCGGUGACCGCAAACUCCCGCUUGGUCGUGGUGACUGCCGGAGUCCGCCAGCAGGAGGGCGAGAGUCGCCUCAACCUGGUGCAGAGGAACGUUAACGUCUUCAAGUCCAUCAUUCCUCAGAUCAUGAAGUACAGCCCACAGUGCACGCUUAUCGUCGUCUCCAAUCCAGUGGACAUUCUCACCUAUGUGACCUGGAAGUUGAGUGGCCUGCCCAAACACCGAGUAAUCGGAAGCGGGACCAACUUGGACUCGGCCCGUUUCCGCUUCAUGAUGGCCGAACGUCUCGGCAUCCAUGCUAGCUCUUUCAACGGUUGGGUGUUGGGCGAGCAUGGAGACACCAGUGUGCCUGUAUGGAGUGGCGCAAAUGUCGCUGGGGUCAACUUGCAGAAGCUGAAUCCCGAAAUCGGCACUGAUGCCGAUAAAGACCAGUGGAAAGCUACGCAUAAAGCUGUGGUAGACAGUGCGUAUGAGGUGAUCAAGCUGAAGGGUUACACCAACUGGGCCAUCGGCUUGAGCGUGGCUGACCUGACAGAGAGUAUCGUCAAGAACAUGAGCCGUGUCCACCCGGUUUCCACUAUGGUCAAGGGCAUGUAUGGCAUUGGGGAAGACGUCUUCCUGUCCCUGCCCUGCGUUUUGAACAGCGGUGGCGUCGGAAGCGUCGUUAACAUGACGCUCAACGACGGCGAAGUGGCUCAGCUGAAGAAAAGCGCUGAAACUCUCUGGAGUAUCCAGAGGGACCUCAAGGAUGUUUGAAUACUCCAGCAAAAAUUUAAAGCACAUCAGUAUUUUUGAGGGAGUCGAGUAAGCUUCCCUUUCAAAACAAAAGCACAUUUUCCUCAUUACUAGUAAAUUGAAGUGUAUUAUCAAGAGUCAUGUAAGUAGUUUGUGUACUGUGUGAGUUGAAGCACAUCCAAACCGGGUUGUAAUUCUAUUCCUGUUUCCCUACUGUUUAAAAAUCAGAAGCACAGCUUCUUCAUAGCUGAGUAAAGAAGAUAUUGAUCAUAAGCACACAUUAUAAUCACUUAAUAAAUUAUUUGAAACCAUGAAAAA